AUGGCGUUUCCUCAGCCUAACGCACAAAGAGAAUUAACAAAUAGGAAGAUAUUGGAGGAGCUUCAGCUGAAGAAACAGAUGCUCUUGAAGCAGGGUGCUGUGGCUCCACUGACUGCUACCUCCAUAUCUCUGACUCAGCCAAAUCCUGUCAGUCAGCUGCCUAUGUGCUCGAUCCCUCCAGUCUCUGCUACUGCGGGUUUCCCUCAGCUACCUGAAGCUAACAUAGUGAAUACAAGUCACAGAGCAGCAUUACAACACGCAAACGCCACAUCUUGUGGCUACUUUGUGUCUCAGGACUCUUCAUUUGGAAACCAGAUCUUACCAGUUCUACCCAGAUUUGAUAGCAAAUGA